GCAGAGUGAUGAAUUCUGGGCACACGCUUAUAAGACGGUAUCGGGUGUGAAUGGUCCCCUGGUUAUCUUGGAUCAAGUUAAGUUUCCUAGGUACGCAGAAAUUGUUCACUUGACUCUUCCUGAUGGCACAAGAAGAAGUGGGCAGGUUCUGGAAGUCAGUGGCUCCAAAGCUGUGGUUCAGGUAUUUGAAGGAACUUCGGGCAUUGAUGCUAAGAAAACAUCUUGUGAGUUUACCGGGGAUAUUCUUCGAACCCCUGUCUCUGAGGAUAUGCUUGGCAGAGUAUUUAAUGGAUCAGGAAAACCUAUAGACAGAGGCCCCAUUGUUUUGGCUGAAGAUUUCCUUGACAUAAUGGGUCAGCCAAUCAAUCCCCAGUGUCGUAUCUAUCCAGAAGAAAUGAUUCAGACUGGCAUUUCUGCUAUAGAUGGUAUGAACAGUAUUGCCAGGGGGCAGAAAAUCCCCAUAUUCUCAGCUGCUGGCUUGCCCCACAAUGAGAUUGCAGCUCAGCAAUGUCGCCAAGCUGGCUUGGUGAAGAAAUCCAAAGAUGUGAUGGACUACAGUGAAGAAAACUUUGCCAUUGUGUUUGCUGCUAUGGGUGUGAACAUGGAAACGGCUCGGUUCUUCAAAUCAGACUUUGAGGAAAAUGGGUCCAUGGACAAUGUGUGUCUGUUCCUGAAUUUGGCCAAUGAUCCAACCAUUGAACGCAUUAUCACACCUCGUCUAGCUCUAACAACAGCGGAGUUCCUGGCAUAUCAGUGCGAGAAGCACGUGUUGGUCAUUCUGACAGACAUGAGCUCCUAUGCUGAAGCUCUGCGAGAGGUUUCGGCAGCUAGAGAGGAAGUGCCUGGCCGUCGUGGUUUCCCAGGUUACAUGUACACUGACUUGGCUACUAUAUAUGAGCGUGCUGGGCGUGUGGAAGGCAGAAAUGGUUCCAUUACUCAAAUUCCUAUUCUUACCAUGCCCAAUGAUGAUAUUACUCAUCCUAUCCCUGACUUGACUGGAUACAUCACUGAGGGACAGAUCUAUGUGGAUAGGCAGCUGCAUAACAGGCAGGUGUGUACCACGCCGGUUAGAACGUAUUUAAGAUUACUCUCUGCUUUUUCUUUUUGCCAGAUUUACCCGCCUAUUAAUGUCUUGCCCUCCUUGUCUCGACUGAUGAAGUCAGCUAUUGGAGAGGGUAUGACCAGGAAGGAUCAUGCAGAUGUGUCCAACCAACUGUACGCCUGCUAUGCUAUCGGAAAGGAUGUACAGGCUAUGAAGGCCGUAGUUGGUGAGGAAGCUCUUACCUCAGACGAUCUUCUUUAUCUGGAGUUUCUGCAGAAGUUUGAGAAGAACUUCAUUGCUCAGGGUCCUUACGAAAAUCGCACUGUUUACGAGACCUUGGACAUUGGAUGGCAGCUUUUGCGAAUCUUCCCCAAGGAGAUGUUGAAGAGAAUUCCCCAGACAACGCUGGCUGAAUUUUAUCCUCGAGAUUCGACUGCAAAACACUAGCCACAGCUUCAUCUCUUAACUCCUUGCUCUGUGAAAUGCUGUUUGUUUUCUUUUUUCAUGUGUAGGUGUUUACUUGUCGCCCUUACAAUUAAAACCAAGAGUAGGUGACAUUCGUGCCAGUGUUCCAAUGUACACUGAUACCAGUUUUUAAAAUAUCCCUUCUUCCAAAGCCUGGAUCUUCAGGAAAAUACUUAGGCCAGCUCUUACAAAUGUGCAAUAGCUAUCACGAAGCUUGUUUGGUUUUUUUUGAACUGGACCUUUUGUAGACAUUUCAAGGGAAUGUCUGAGGAUUACCAGAAAUUGCAAAUCUUUACUUUCAAACCAGGAGCACGUGAUUUAGAAAACAUGAAAGAGCAAAUGUGACUUCUUUUGUCCAAAGCAUCUGCUCGGUCUGCUCAUAGGCAGUUGCCGUGCUGCUGGUGGAACAGAUGGCACUCUGCUGUCCUGCUGUUGUGCCUGAGGACCAGGCUGACGUGUGGAAAGCGUGGUACAUGACAACAUACCUUUCUGAAAAAUGCAAGUCACUGAUUGUCAGCUGUGGCUUAAGAUUCUCAAAGGUAUGCGUGAACUGAGGACCCUGUAGGUGCUUUUCCACUAGCAAAGGGUCUUUGCAGAGGUCACAGGCCAGUGGGUUGCUACCUGAAGGUAGCAUGAUAAGGCUUAAUUACUGAAUUAAAGCAUUUACAUUGAAGUUUGCAGAGUAAGUUUCCUACUUACCCUUUUUUUUUUCCUUGGAAUUCUGGAAAUGCCAGACACACAAAACAGCAGCUAAAGCAUUCUGAGAUCAGUAGUGCCCCCAUGGGCAGAACUGUAGGUAAUUCACGCCUUUGUGCUGCUACUGAAGGGGAUUGAUUAUAUGAGAUGUGAAAAAACUCUUAUACCUGACACAGUUGUACUGGUGGGAGGUCAGCUUUUGAAGUAUGUCUUGUACUAAACGAUGCAACAGGAGACAGCAACUUAAUGUGCGAAUGGAUAUUUUGAAUUCUGUUAUGAAGCAUGCUCUAGGUGGCACUGGGUCCCGAGUCGUGUUUGACACUGUUGUGGUUUGCGCUCCAGGCACAGAUUUGGCUAGCCAGGAGAGCUCAGCAUUCCCAAACACUGCAAACUUGGCUAGUCAACUCGGUGGUGUUUUUUUCAAAGUGGUUCAGAUGAGGCUCCGAGCCCAGUGCUGGCAGGCUUUCUUGCUUUUUUUCCAGGCUUAAUGUAGUCUAAGCUCUGGUCUAGCUAACCAAAGCAUGUUGCACCUCUCUGAACGCCUUCGGUGCUUGUCUAGGAAGGUGCUAACAUGACUCGAAUGAUAGCGUGCUAAUUCCAGCUUUCCCUGACGUCUCCUAUGUGCAGUUCUUUCUAUAGUUUGUUCAGUGUUCUCUGUAACUUGGAUGCAAUAGCAACUUUAUUCCAGUGCAUUCCACCCUAAAGCUGUGUCAAGUCUAUUUUUCUUGAGGUAGGGAUGGGAGGUUGGAAGUGUUGGCAUGAGAAUACUUUAAUGUAGAGAAUAUCUAAAUAAAUUAAAUAUGG